AUGCUUAGUAGUAGUAAGGGAUUCAAUAGUAACAGGGCAUCAUCGAGUAUGGUUUCUGGAUCAAGAAUCUCCACUUUGUUACUCUCAAUGUUUGCUACUUUUGCUUCCAUUUAUAUUGCUGGCAGGUUAUGGCAGGAUUCACAAAACAGGGUUUAUUUGAUUAAGGAGCUUGAUAGGAUAACUGGACAGGGCCAAUCUGCAAUAUCAGUGGAUGAUACAUUGAAAAUAAUAGCCUGCAGGGAACAACAAAAGAAGUUAUCAGCUCUGGAGACAGAAUUGUCCGCAGCUAAGCAAGAGGGUUUUACUUCAAAGCUCUUAACAGAGAAUGAUGGGGCUCAUGCAAAGAAAAGGCAUCUUGUUGUGAUUGGGAUAAUGACAAGGUUUGGCAAUAAGAACAAUCGGGAUGCCGUCCGAAAGGCAUGGAUGGGAACUGUCUCAAAGUCAACCUCCGUCCUUUCAGGUGCAAUGUUGAAAAAAAUGGAGAAUGAGAAGGGCAUAGUUGCACGCUUUGUCAUUGGUAGAAGUGCAAAUCCUGGGGACAAUUUGGAUCGUAGUAUUGACAAGGAAAACAGGCAGACUAAUGACUUCAUCAUUCUUAAUGACCUUGUGGAGGGAACAGAGGGCCUUCCCAAAAAGGCUAGAUUGUUCUUUGCUUAUGCUGCUGAUAGAUGGGAUGCGGAGUUUUAUGCUAAAGUUAAUGACAAUAUCUAUGUGACUAUUGAUGCUUUAGGAACUGCACUGGCAGCUCAUUUUGACAAGCCUCGUGUUUAUAUUGGUUGUAUGAAAUCAGGCCAAGUUUUCUCCGAACCGGGUCAUAAAUGGUAUGAACCAGAUUGGUGGAAGUUCGGGGAUAAGAAAUCGUAUUUUCGUCAUGCUUCAGGCGAGAUGUAUGUUAUAUCACGAGCCUUAGCUAAAUUUGUGUCAAUAAAUAGAUCUAUUCUUCGAACCUAUGCACAUGAUGAUGUCAGUGCUGGAUCCUGGUUUCUUGGGCUUGAUGUCGUACAUGUUGAUGAAGGGAAGUUUUGCUGCUCCUCUUGGUCAUCAGCUGAUGAAGACACUUCUGUAACGCUUUUUGAUUUUACUGGCCAGAGUUUUUUGUGGAGCAAAGAACUCCCUCCCUAUGUAUAG